AUGAAAAGAUCAAAAAGAUCAAAAAGACCAAUCCCUUGGUUCAAAAUAUUAACCUUUAAUAAGCAAAAGUUAAACAAUAUUGAAAAUCCACAAGGCUUCAAGAACAAUGGUAAUGAACAAACUCUUGAUAACACUGAAGAGAUCAAGACCUGUGGAAAUUAUAAAGUUGCUGUGGAUUCGUUUUGCUACGCUGAACAUAAAGUUAUUUCAAAAUAUUUUUUAUCUCAUUUUCAUGCAGAUCAUUAUAUGGGCUUGACAAAAAAUUUAUCUAACUGUAUCUAUUCAAAAGGACUAAUAUAUUGCACCGGAAUUACUAAGAAAUUGAUUAUUGCAAAGUUUAAUAUAACAGAACCAGAAAGAAUAAUAUCUGUUCCAUUUUAUAAAAAAUUUGAAAUUUAUCCAAACCUCAUUUUUACAUUUUUGCCUGCUAAUCAUUGUCCUGGAUCAGCUAUAAUAGUAUUUGAAUAUUACCAUGGAUCAAAUUUAGCUCAGGUUUAUAGAGUCUUACACACAGGAGACUUUAGAGCUAAUAAAAAACUACUUCAAUAUUUAAUGGAAAAAUUUAAUAGUUUUGAAAAAGUUUAUCUAGACACUACUUACUUAAAUCCAAAUUUUUUUUUUCCCGAUCAGGAAUUAGUUGUUAAAGAAUGUGGUGAUUUUGUUGACAAAGUAGUGAAUUGCAAUUUAUUUUCAAAUGAAAUUCAGCAAAAAAAGAUAACCGACUUUACUCUUGUAUCAUAUCCACUCUUGAAACCCGAAUCCCAAGUUAAAAAAAAUUACUUGGUUGUUAUUGGAUCAUAUACAAUAGGAAAAGAAAGGUUGGCUAUCGAAAUAUGUAAGCGGAUUGGUUCUAAAUUAUAUGUAAAUCCAUAUAAAAGAAAAAUUUUAAAGACUUUUAUUGAUGAUUGUGAGUUUAAAGGUAAUGUGGAUAAUUUCAAGCUUGAGUUGAGCACCGAUCCCUUCAAUUGCCAAGUUCAUUUAAUACCAAUGCAAAUUCUUAAUUACCAUGAGCUAAUGAAAUACUACAAGUCCUAUGAGAGUACUUUUGAAAAGUUAAUAGCCUUUCAUCCUACCGGCUGGAAUUUUGGAAAUAAAUUUAAGCAAAUAGACCCAACUUCUUCUUUGAAAGAAAUAUUAAAUAAAACCAUCACUCAGAAGGUCUCCUUUGGAAUUGAGCAUUUUAGGAAACAAUUUAAUUCUAAUAGAGUUAUUCAGUUGUACAAAAUCCCUUACUCGGAACAUUCAAGCUUUCGAGAAUUGACGUUUUUUUCUAUUUUGUUGAAUAUUAGGAAAAUAAUACCAACUGUGAAUCUUCAUAAUGACCAGACAAUUCGUGAAAUGGAUCAGUGGAUCAAAGAAUGGAAAAUCAUACAUAAAUCAUUUAUAUAUUCAAUUGAUGAUUUUUAG